AUGCCACAGGACCCCACUUACAUCCAAAAAAGACGGAACGAAUCACUGAAGCUUGAAGCCGCACCUCGAAGAAAGUUCUUCACCUUCUCAAACAAUUCGUUAAAUAGGUUAAUGACUUUCCGGCAUUACGAUCAAGAUAAAAAUAGUACCAUCAACACCACGUUACCCAAACUUGAGAAACUCGAAACUGAUUUGUCGGACUCUGAUGAUACGUUUCGCAACUUCGAGUCUUCGUGCCUGAGGAUCGGUGACGAGCUAGACGAAGAUGCUAAGUCUUGUGUGAGCUGCGACUCCGGAUUUACCUUCUAUUCUACUUAUCCUCAUGUUGCUCGUUCUGGGUCCAACACUUCCGAUGGGACGUUCAAGAGCGCCAGGAAUUCUCUGAUUAAAAUUUCUUCAAGUACCAACACCGUUGUUGUUGUUUAA